AUGAAUAAUUAAAAAUCAAAGAAAAAAAUAAAGUCUUAAAAAGAACUACACUCUAAUUCAGAAAGACAAGAUAGAUUUUAAAGUGGCAAUUUAAAGAAAGAAACAGAUAAAUCACUUUAAAGUCAACAAUCACAUAAUGACAUUAAUAAAAUUAGCAAAGAAGAACUUAUUAAAUAAUUCCCAAAUAAGAUGAUGAAUAUGCUUUCAUAAUAGUUUAAGAAAUUAGAACAGAGUUCAAGUAAUUUAAAAUUAAUACAAAUGAAUAAGGAUGUAUAACCUCCUUAUUUGAAUUUAAAUCAAAUUAUUGUUUAAUACCAUAGUGAUAUUUUCAACUAAUAUUCUUAAUACCAAUAAAGUCAAAAUCAAUUAUUGUCUGAUUAAAUUAAAGGAAAUCCUGAGAGAAAUCUAUAAUUUUAAUAAUUAUAACCCCUUAAAAUACCAAAUCCAUUUAGUUCUAAACUAUAAAGAUUAGAAGAAUUGAUACCAUAAGCAUAAUGA